AUUCUCUUUAUUGACCAACAAAAUGACAGUUGAAGUAGAUAUUAAGAAAGGUGAAACUGCCUUAGUAAAUCGUGAUUAUCUUGGAGCAAUUGGCCAUUUUACUUCGGCUCUUAAGACAAAUCCUAAAGCAUUCCAAGCAUUAAUUCAUAGAGCGAGUGCAUAUAUAAGAUUGAAAAAUUAUGAUGAAGCUAAAAAGGAUAUAUCUACAGCUUAUACUAUAGCUGAAGAAAGAGGUAAAAGAGAUGAUAUUGCCUUAAGUUAUUUUAGAUUGGGGAAUGUUUACUUUUUAGAAAAGAAAUAUAAGUUGGCAUUAGAUCAAAUUGAAAAAGCUCUUGCCAUCAAUAAGAAUGACACACAAUAUCAAAUGUGGAAAGCUAAAUGUGAAUUUGAAUUGAAAAAUAAUCCUCAACAAGAUGAAAAUGAAGAGGAAGAAGAUGAAUUGGAUUUACUUGCCGGAAUAAAGCAAACAGAACCAAUAUCUUCUGAUGUUAAGGAUAUACCUAAAAUUGAAGAAAUUAAGGAUAUAUCUGAUAAACCAUCAACCAGUAUUGAUGUAAUUAAUCAACAAGCACCAUUAAAAAUCAAGAUUAGAGAUGAUUGGUAUCAAACUAAUGAUACAGUAAUUAUUACUAUUUAUGCUAAAGGUAUUAAAGAAGAAAAAUUGAAUAUAGAAUUUAAUUCUCAUGCUGUUUCAGUAUCAUUCCCAAGUUCAUCAAGUUCCGAAUAUAGUUAUAAUUUAGAUCCUUUAUAUGCUGAAAUUGAUCAAACUAAAUCAUCCUACAAAAUUUAUGGAACUAAAAUAGAAAUAAAUCUUGUCAAGAAAGUGCAAAAGAAAUGGCAUACUUUAGAAGGUCUGGGAAAUGAAGAAGAAAGUAUAAUUACUACUACUACUACUACUACUUCUAAUGAACCAGUAAUAACAAAUACAACCGAUACUUCUUCCAAUACUGGUCCAUUAUCUUAUCCAUCAUCAUCUAAAAAGGCAGUUAAUUGGGCAAACUUUAAGAUUACUGAUGAUGAUGAAAAGGAGGCAGAUGAAAAUGAUUUCUUUAAAAAAUUAUAUAAGGAUGUAGAUGAUGAUACAAGAAGAGCUAUGAUGAAAUCAUAUGUUGAAUCUAAUGGAACUGUAUUAACUACUAAUUGGACAGAAGCUAAAGAUAAGAAAUUUGAAACUAGUCCUCCAGAUGGUAUGGUAGCUAAGAAAUGGGGCACUUAAAUUCAAUUAAUUGAUGAUAAUUAUCAAUUAAUAAUUAUUGCUAAUGAUGUAUAUACUAUUUGCUAUACUCUAAUAAGUUAUUAUAAAUUAAUAUAAUUAAUGAUUUGCUAUGG